AUGGUUCUGGAGCUGCAUGUCUGGGGACCUGCAUUUGGGCUUCCUUCAAUCGACGCAGAAUGCAUUGCCGCAAUAGCGUACUUUCACCGCAUUGUUCCGUAUCCACAGUGGGUGCUCGUGGCGAAUCAUGACACGUCUACCAGCCCAAGACGCGAAUUUCCUGUUCUGAUUGACAGCAUUGUGCGAGCUACUGGCUUUUCUGCAAUUGUUUCAUACCUACGAAACCACCGCUCAGGAGCGUACGAUUUGGACUACAAUCUUACGCAUGAAGAGCAGACAGAUAGGACUGCAUUCAUAUCGUUCCUUCAAUCAACUGCCGGCCCGCUCGUCGACCUCAACCUCUAUGUCUCUUCCGAGAAUUACAACUCAACCACAUCCUCUGCAUAUACAGCGAUUCUUCCGUGGUACACGAAUUACACGAUUCCCCCGGCACGUCGAGACCUCGCCAGAGCACGAACCGCUCAUCUGGGCCUCAGCAGCCUUGACGUAAACAUAGCAGAGCAAGAUGGAUUUGAGCGGGGCGGUAGUCGCGUUAGGUCAGAGUUCGAGGCUGCCAAAAAGGCUGCGGGACCCCCAUCUGAGAGUCGAACAACACAACCGCAAACACUAAGCAUGGGCCGUGGCAAGGGCAUUCAAGGUCUUCUUAGUUCCCCCAUCUAUGCUGCCCGGUUCAGGCUUGACACACUGACAAACGACCUGCUUGAGCCAUUGUCAAAUCUUCUAGGAAAGAAAGAUUACCUACUCGACGGUGGCAAGCCAUCAAGCCUGGACUGCCUUGCGUUUGCCUACCUAGCCUUGAUGUUUUAUCCGCCAGUACCACAGCCGUGGCUCAAAGAAGCUAUACAAGCCCGCUACUCCCGCAUUCUCAGAUAUAUCUGGCGGAUGCGGGAAGAGCUUCUUGGUGGUGAUGAGGUCAAGGCUGCAGACGUGUGGUUUAUCUCCUCGCACAAAGGAACCGAUGCAGAGGUCGAGGGUGCGCUAGAUCAACGAGGCAUGCACUUGCCGUGGCGUCCCAGACCAACGGGAACUCAUCUAUCGACUUGUGCUAUUGCAGUACGCGAGGUGGCAAGCAAUCUUCCUGUCAUUUCCACUCUCCUGCGGCAGGGAGCCGUCGCUUAUGCAUCCCCUCCCAGGAGUACGAAGAGGGUCUCGUCUUCGACAUAUAGCAUGAGGCAAUCUCGCGCCCCCACGGCGUCGCAAAUUCAAAACCCACCGCCACCGGCCUCGUCAACCAAGACUGGCCGGUUCUUUGGCAAAAGCAAUCUUGGGCACACCUUCCGGCGCAGCGCUGCGGGAGCCUUCGGACCUGAACUAGCCAAGAAGCUGUCACAAUUGGUAAAGAUGGAGAAGAACGUCAUGCGCAGCAUGGAGCUGGUCUCAAGAGAAAGGAUGGAGGUUGCUCAACAACUGUCUAUUUGGGGCGAGGCAUGCGACGACGAUGUCUCCGAUGUCACCGACAAGCUCGGCGUCUUGAUUUACGAGAUCGGCGAGCUCGAGGACCAGUUUGUGGAUCGUUACGAUCAGUAUCGCGUUACGAUCAAGAGCAUCCGUAACAUCGAGGCAUCCGUCCAGCCCAGCCGCGAUCGGAAGCAGAAAAUAACCGAUAACAUUGCGCAAUUGAAAUACAAAGAGCCGAACUCGCCUAAGAUUGUUGUCCUCGAACAGGAGCUCGUUCGGGCCGAAGCCGAGUCCCUAGUUGCCGAAGCCCAGCUAUCCAACAUCACCCGCGAGAAGCUCAAAGCAGCGUUUACAUACCAGUUUGAUGCGAUGCGCGAGCAUUGCGAGAAGCUGGCCAUCAUUGCGGGCUAUGGGAAGCACCUUCUCGAGCUUGUGGAUGACACACCAGUGACCCCCGGCGAGACGAGGAAUGCUUAUGACGGAUAUGAGGCGAGCAAGGCAAUCAUCCAAGACUGCGAGGAUGCCCUUACCAACUGGGUCCAGCAAAACGCCUCCGUUACAUCCAAGCUCUCUGUUCGCGCCCGCACUCUCUCCCAACGCCGCCGAAACGCCGCCCGCCGUCAGGGGGAAGGUGUGGAUCUCUCCCAUCAAGACCAGCCUCUUGACAACAGGGAGUCUGGUCUCUGGAUCCCAGCCUCGGAACAUCAAGGUAACGGAUAUGAAGAUGAAGAAGAGGAGGAAGAUGCCCCAUCUACCAUUGCUACAGAGACUCGAGGCCGGGAGGAGGAAAGACCCGUAGCUGCUUAACUAUCAGGCUAACAUUCCCGACAGUGUUCUACUCCGUUGAUGAAAUAUCUCCCAGAGCGAGCUCGGUGUAUAUCCACGAUGGAGCGGAGGAUAUUGUAGGGGAAGCGGAUGAUUUUGCAACUGUAGCUCAGGCUAUAUGAGGGAUUGCUGUUGAUGCGUCACAUGUUGUUCUUGGAGGAUUUGAUGGCGCAUAUUGGCACACAAACGUUUUGUUUCAUUCCCACUAUUCCCACACUCUGGAUUCAAAAGGAGGGAAGGGGUCAGGAUUCCUAGCUUGAAGGAAGAUGUAUAGUAGCGAAGUAGUAAUCUCAGAGCUUGACUUAUCACAUUC